AUGGUGAAAUUGCAAGGAGAUGCUAUUCCUGAAGACGGAGAUUAUUCCGUUGGGAUGAGCGACGGGUCAUCGAAAGCUGUGUCCUUUUCACAGGACAAACCGAAACGGCACUUGUGUAAACAGGUCAGCAUCGAGAGUCCGUCUGCCCUGAAGCGAGGAUCCGUCGACGAAAGCGUCUUCACCUUUGACGUUCCCAUCCCGGAAGACAAACCGAAACGGCACUUGUGUAAACAGGUCAGCAUCGAGAGUCCGUCUGCCCUGAAGCGAGGAUCCGUCGACGAAAGCGUCUUCACCUUUGACGUUCCCAUCCCGGAAGUCGAAACAAAUGGAGCACGUGUGAUUUGUGCCGGAGUUUGCUACCGAAGACGUGACUCCACAGUGCACCGAUCGAAUGAAAGCGAAGGCAGCUCAUCAUGCAUUCUGGGUUUCCGCGAGGCGGCCCUUUUCCCCGGGUUCGAAGUGGCCGGGAUCGUGGACGCCUUGGGCCCGGACGUGGAGGACAACCCGCACGUGCGUAUCGGCGACCGGGUCAUCCUGUAUCCAUACGACGAAGUUCCUCACGGGUAUGCGGAAUUCCUUUCUGUGCCGAGCUUGGAUUACCUCGUUCCGAUUCCGCCGGAAUUGCCGUUGCCAGUUGCGUCCAUGUUGCCAACUGGAGCUUUGUGAUUUAGAGUCGUCACGUGGAGCGAGGAUUUGCACGAAGCCACCCUGAUUGAACGCACGAAGGAAGUUUGCGAAGGCCUUGUUGACAUCGUCAUCAAUUUUGGGACAACUACCAGAAUUCUGCUCAGGUGUCUUCAGUGUUUGGCGAAGAUCGAGCCUCCGCCUUACAAGUUGUUCCCAGCGGACAAAGCUUCGGAGGUGCUCCGAAUGGUGGCCAGAAACGAAGUUCAGGGCCGAGCUAUUCUGCAGUUCGCCGAUUUGGAGUAAAGGAGAGAGGCGCAUGAAAAAGAUACAUCAUCGAAAUAGCUGCGAAUGAAUACCCAAUCAAACGGAAACGGUGGAAAGAAAAAGCUAGCUGAGCAAAAAACACAUUUCGACAUCGUAAAACAAACAAAAAAUUCCUUCGUUUCUCCUUUCCUGAAUGGGAGAAACGUGUGAAAUUCAGCCCUUGAGACUAAACACGCUUUUUUGCGGGCUGCAAUUGUAGUCAGAUUUUAUCCCAGUGCUGAAUCGAAAUGCGCAAAUUCAGCUUGUCAAAAAAAAAAACGUCUCUUGGCAUUAACUGUUCACGAUUUGUUGAGCAGGUUUCUGGAAGAAGCGUGAAAAAUUCGCGAAAUGUUGUAAGCGAAGGAAUCGAGUCAUGUUCGGGAAUUUUUUGUUUCUAUGAAUGAACUAGCGGUUCUAUUGCUUAGAUAGCUUUUUAAAGGAACCAUAACUAAGCCAAGGAAAAAGGAAGUAGUCGAAUGAGUUUCACAGGAGUCGUAUCUAGUUGACGGAUUUAUUGAUUACCAAAAAAGGGGAAAUUGCUGGAAAGAAUUGAUUCGAUUCGUAGAUUUGUGAGGCCGAACCCGUAAGAGUAAUAGUCAAGAAGACGAAGUUUUCGGUGGGUCUCUGGAAAGAUCCGUUUUCCUGUUCUAGCGGAUUCGUCACAAGUUUUACUUUGAUAGCGUGGAAGUUUUUGGAGUAAGAAUGAUGUUUUUCCUUCUUGUUGCUUUGAGAUAACGAGACAUGAUUUUCUCCAGUGUUACGUUGUCUUCUGAGAUCAGGAAAAUUGCUUGUUGCGCGAGACUUGUGAGUAAGAAUCGAAUGUUUUCGAAAUCCCCGUUCUUAUCUCUUUUUUUAACAUGUUAAGUCAUCCGACGUAAUGAACUGUCCUGGCGAGAACAUAAUUUAGAUACAUUUGCGCUUGUAUGAAUUCAAAUCCUCGACACCUUCUGGCGAGGAAAGGCGUAAAAGUGUCGUUUCCGCGAGACCUUGGUUUAUGGUGAAAACUUGAUGCAUGGAAAGAAUUUUGUAAAACCCAGUUUUUGAAGGAGAGAAGAAACAGUCAAUGGAACUCGCCAGGAGAGAUAUACACGAAUGCAAUUGACAUAAUCUUAGGGUUAGAUUACGACGGAUGCAUUAACAUGUUGAGUGUCGUUUUAUCUUGAAGCGUUUGCGUCUCUGGGAUUUCGUUUUGUACAGCCUGUGAUGAUUUUUUCCUGCUGGAGGAACAGUGUGUGUGUGUGGAUUUGAGCCAAUAAAUUUUAUCUGGACGGCGGA